AUGUUUGGCAAAGUGAUUGUCUUGAUUGUAUCCAUAUUAAGUCUGCUACUUACUUAUAAUUUCAUUAGGACAUCACUUAUAUAUAAAAACAAGCAGGAAGUUGAUCAAAUAUUGAGCUACUUGAACAAAUAUUUGACUCAGACUUAUUUUGCUCCAAUAGCAACUAAAACUUAAUAUAACUCAAUAUUGGUCAAACCUGAAAUAGAUUAUUGCAAACGUUCAGAUUUAUACAAAUUUUAUCAUCCUGAUAUUGUGAUGAAAGAUACUUAUACUUUUAGAGAAGCAAGAGGAGUUAUAAGGGAAACAUUAAGAUCCUCUUAUUAUGAUUGCAUUCCUUAGAUGACAUACAAACAAAAAAAUACUUAAUGUAAAUUCAAUUAUUAGGUUAUGUUAGAUUUACCAAGACACGUGUUGCCCAUACAAUUAACUCUUCCUUUUACUUAUUAUGACUAAUUAGUGCAUAAAUUCUAAGUCGGAUAAGAAUCAUUAUGUUUAUUCUAAAAAUACAAUCACUUAGUAUCUAGGCAUGUGCUUUCACAUAAAGAUAAUCUAAUGAAUAAUUAAUACUAAUAUUUAGAUACACUGAGAAAAAGCGGAGUUGAUCAAGAUUGCAUAAACAACGCAACGUUUGUUCCUAAGACUUAUAGAUUAUUUAAUAAGCUAGAUUGUGAAGAGUUUUUCGCUUAUUUGAAUUCGGUUGAAUAUUAGGCCUUAGUAGAAAGAGAUGGUCCAUAAUUUAUAACCAAGGUUGGUUUAGAAGUUCAUAGAGGAAGAGGAAUUAAUGUGCUAUUUCCAGAUGAGACUAAAAUCUUAUAAGAUACAUAUAAAUAUGGCAAAAGAUGUGGAAUUGACAAAUCAUUGCUUGUUGCAUAGAAAUAUAUUGGAAACCCUAUGCUAUUUAAUGAUCAUAAAAUAGAAUUUAGAGUUUAUUGGGUUCUUGCUUCUACGAAUCCCAUUAUAGCCUAUUCUUAUGAUAAAACUUUGAUUAGAAGAUGCAUAACUCCCUUCGAUAAAUUUUCUUUGAAUAAGGAAGCACAUGUUUGUAAUACAGCUAUAGUGUAAAGUACUUUGUAGAAAAAGGGAUCUAACUUAUUUAUGAAUGAUGAGAAUUCCGAUGAGUCAGAGUUAUAUAUAGACUGGAAAUUAGAUUAUCUUUAGGAUCUUUUAUUAAAAUAAGGAAAGAUCAAAGACAAUAAAUGGCUUUAAAAUUAUUUACAUCCCACAAUUGACAGAAUGAUCAUACAUGCAAUUAGAUCUGCAUAAUCAAAAUUUAAUAGAGAUAGCAGAUUAGCUGAAUUUUUUGCUGCCGAUUUCAUAAUAACAGAUGAUUUACAAAUAUAUAUUAUGGAAAUGAAUUAUAACCCAUAAACAUUAAAGACAACUUUGGCUAGAGAAAAAUAACAUGCCAAAAUGACCCAAGAUAUGAUUGAAAUACAAAAUGCCUAUCUUAGAAGUAAAUAUUUAAGAUUUUAAAAAAUUAUUUCAAGAUUGGCUUCUAAAAUGAACAAAGAUAAAAGACCUCUCGACUCACUAUUAACUAAUAAAACUAUCGAUGAAAUUAAUGAAGCUUAUGUCGAUAAACUUGACUAAGGAAUAAAAAUAAGUGAAGACAAUCUAUUUAGAUUAGUAAUGGAUGAAAGUUUAUCUGGAACAAAAAAGUACAAAGAUCUGAUUUAAGAAUAGUGUAUUUGA